AUCCCCAGCCCAGUAUUAGCUAUCCUAUCACCAUCUGCAACUUCCAGUAAUGGAACCCCACUCCACAUGAAACCCUAAUAUAUGUAUAUAUAUAUUGUCAGUUCUUCUACGUUUCCUUUUUUCAAUAGUCAAAAGUCAAAGCCAUAAAUCCAUGGAAUCCAAUUCCAAACCGUCGUCACUGUCACCGCCAUCGCCUCCAAUUCUUAUCUGCUAACAUCAACGCUUCAUGGACGCGCGUCGUGCCUCUCGAGCCGUCAGCGACCCCAAGGUGCGCCGCGUAGGAUUCUUCACUCCCGACGCUCAGGUCCAACCCCUAUCCGGCCGAACUCAGUCCGGUCCACCCGCCGCUGCAUCCCCCUCCUCAGAGUCUCCGGCCGGCAAUUCCUUAUCUCCGGUCAUGAUUCCUCCGCCACGUCAACUCUCUGACCUAACGUCCCGUACAGCUGCUGUACCGGUUCCGGAUUCAGCGUUCCGUCGUCCGGUCGCCGGGGACCAUGUACCGAUCGGAAGCUACAACCCGGCGUCAGACUCGCUGCUAGGGACCUCUCCUGCGGCCUCGCCUAAGAGUUUGUCCGCGGACGGAGAGUUGGAGUUCUCGGAGGAGUCUUCACCCGGUUUGUACCGCCGGAACUCUUCCGGCAAGCUGGCUUCGAGUUUCCCGGGCGGCGGCUUUGAAUCGACGAAGGUGAAUGUACCGAAUAAUUUAGCCGCGAAGGCGAGGAAUUUGGCUGUUGGUUCAGAAGUGAAGAAAUCUCUUGACGUGCCUGUUCUUGCAGAAAAGAGUGGGGAGAUUGUUACUGAAAUGCAAAAUGAGCCCCAACCCACUUCAAAACCCUUGAAAUCCAAAACAACGAAAGCUGAAAGACGUGCAUUACAGGAGGCUCAACGUGCUGCAAAAUCUGCUGCAAAAGAUGGAAGUAAUUCUGCUGCAGUACCUGGUAGAGUUGCUUCUAAUAAAUCUGUGAAGCAGCCUACACUAAGGAAAGAGUCUUCUUCUAUUGCACCUUCAGUGGCUGCUUCUGACAAGAAAGGAGUUGAUUAUCUGCCAGACAAAGAAAGAAAGAAAGAUGUUCCUCCACCACGCAUGCAAUUUGAUGAUAAGAAUCGAGUGGAGAAGGCAAAAAAGCGUGCAUUGUUCUAUCAAACUGAAGCUAAAAAUAGAGUUGAAUUGUUUCUGCAUUUGCCCCAGUAUGAACAUGGGACCCAACUUCCUGAUCUUGAAUCAAAGUUUUUCCAACUUGAGCCAAUACAUCCUGUAAUUUAUAAGGUUGGAUUACAGUAUUUGACUGGAGAUAUUUCUGGGGGGAAUGCUCGUUGUAUUGCCAUGCUUCAAUCAUUUCAGGAAGCAAUUAGAGACUAUUCCACUCCACCAGAGAAAAGUCUUUAUAGGGACUUAACUGCUAAACUCAGUAGUUAUAUUUCAUUUUUUACAGAAUGCAGACCACUUUCUAUCAGUAUGGGAAAUGCAAUUAGGUAUAUAAAGAGUCGUAUUGCCAAAUUACCACAUUUGCUUUCUGAAUCAGAAGCAAAAGCUGCAAUUUGUGCAGAUAUUGACAUCUUUAUAAAUGAGAAGAUACUACUUGCUGACAAGGUGAUAGUAAGGCAUGCUGCUACGAAGGUUAGAGAUGGGGAUGUUCUUCUCACGUAUGGAUCAUCAUGUGUGGUUGAGAUGACUCUGUUGUAUGCCCAUGAGCUUGGAAUACAAUUUCGAGUUGUGGUAGUAGACUCACGCCCAAAGUUUGAAGGUCAAGCAUUAGUUCGGAGGCUGGUGGCUAAGGGAUUGAGUUGUACAUACACUCAUAUAAAUGCGGUUUCUUAUGUUAUGCAUGAAGUGACAAAAGUGAUUUUAGGGGCUGCCUCUGUAUUGUCAAAUGGAACUGUAUAUUCUAGAGUUGGGACUGCAUCUGUAGCUAUGGUUGCUCAUGCAUUCCGAGUUCCAGUCUUGAUCUGUUGUGAAGCAUAUAAAUUUCAUGAAAGGGUACAACUUGAUUCAAUUUGCUCCAAUGAACUAGGUGACUCUGAUGCUAUAGCAGUGGUUCCUUGUAGAAAGGAUGUGAAUUAUCUGGAACAUUUGGCAAAUAAAGAAAAUCUACAACUUCUAAAUUUAUUGUAUGAUGCUACUCCAUCAGAUUAUAUUACAAUGAUUGUAACAGAUUAUGGCAUGAUCCCACCCACAAGUGUACCUGUCAUUGUACGUGAGUAUCGAAGAGCAGAAGUAUGGUUGUAGAGGACAAUCAUAUUAGACCAGAUUAUUACAUGAUUAAGGUUCAAGUCUGACGGAAUUCGUCAUACAGGUUUUAGUGUCAUGCAAGAGAUAAUUUCAGAAUUUUUACUACAAUGCCUGAGAGCUCUUCUAAAGAUUCUUUGCCCUAGAAGAUGGUGUUAUCCAAAUGUCAAAGAGCUGGUUUUUUUUUUUCGUCUUGAUUUGCAAGUUUUGAACAAGAAUUGCUGGUGAUAAAAUGCAAGAGAUCAUUCUGGAAAACAAGUAAAUCAGUUUUGGAUGAAUAAAGUAGAUGUCUUUUAUUUGCCACUUCUCGGAUCCUUUGUAUUGAUUCAACUAUGUAACAUACAAAGUUUAAGUGACGAUUGACCUAUAGUAAUAUAGCAUGCUCUUGUUUCCAA